AUGCCUAUUAGAAAAGAAGAUUCCGAUAGAAGCGGUAAUUGCCAACCUGGAACAAUUGUGGAUACUGAAAUCGUGGUACCUCAGGAAUUUGACUUUUAUUUGCAGUCUCAUGCGAGUCCUCUAGGAACAGCUCGGCCAACGCAUUAUCACGUAUUGUUAAAUGAGGCCAAAUUUCCAGUUGAUGCUAUACAAAAUUUAACUUACAAAUUAUGUCAUUUGUCCGUCAGAUGUAAUCUGACCAUAUCUCAUGUGACUCCCGUUCAUUAUGCCCAUCACAUCGCAAAUCAAGCCAAGCAUUUCGUUAUGUGGGAUGGUGCUAGUAGCGGAAGAUCUGGAAGUAGUGCGUAUUAG